GAUGAUGCAUUCCAAGUGAGUGCAAAAAUGCAUGCAAGGGUGGGAGAAAAAAAAAAAAGUGCAUGUGGGUGCAUGUUUACAAAAGGCUGUCCCUGCGGUGGAGGUACAGACUGCAUCGAGGACGUCGCAACUAUUCACCUCUCACUGGCCCCGAGGCCAUGCAAUGCCCUGCAUGCGCUUUUCAGGCUUUUGAAAUGGGCUUUAUGCGCGCGGAGAGAGAGACAGAAGAAGCUCGAGCAGCUGUGACGUGGGCGGCGUUGUUUCAUUCACCUCUCGUCAUGGCAACGGACAGGGGCGCGAGAAAAAUGCCCCCUCCUUGAGCCAUGAGAGAGACAGCGAGAGAAAUAGAGAGACCCUACAAUCCCGUUUUAAUUCCCAUCAGAACAUAGUGUGCGGUUUGUGUUUCUGAUGCAAAAAUGAACAAAAAGUAAAUGCGUUUAAUGGAACAAUUGUUGCCUUUAACGCAAUGACCAAAGAAUUAGCAAGACGUAAAUGAACCAGGCUCCACUGAACUUUAUCGCUGUUAACUAAUUAUUUUAUUGUGUCCAGAAAAAAAUUAUAAUAAUAAUAAUGAACUCCUAGUCCUGUUGAUUGAUUUAGGAUUAUUUUAAUAGACAUAAAAAAUAAAAAAUAAAUACAAAAAUUAUAGACAUUAAAAAUAUAUAUAUAUUUUAAUGUAAUUUAUGGAUUGUUAAAAUUAUUGUCUGUAUUAAUUUAUUAUUUAUCUGUUCAGAUUUAGCUAUAAGACACAGUUUUGCUUUUGUAGGCUGCGUUAUUUUCCCCUGUUAAUAUUGAAAUAAAUUCUAGACCAUUUUAGACAAAAUAUCUAUAAAACAAUCUAAGCCAGAAAAAAUCCAACUUUACUGACAUAAGUACAUAACAACAGCCUUUAAAACAGUCUAUUAAUAAUAAACAUCUCAAUUAAACCAUAGUUUAAAUUAAAUCUUAAAUUAAAGGCAGUCUGUGAUACCUCUGGAGCAAAGUGGCCCACUGCGCCCUGUCACUUCUGAUCCCUCUGUGCUUGUUUUCAGAAGAGCGCAAUGGGACGGGGGUUCUGUGUUGAAUCCGCUGUGACCAAUGAACGCGCCGCUGUUCGUGGCAAGCACAUCUGUCAAGCGUUUCUGACCAAUAGACAGCAGCGCGAGGCGGAUCUCAGGUGCGCGCCUCUGCAUCCUCGCGGCUCUGGCACGCUGGGAAGCCGCCUGUGGCACAGAGUAGCUGUCAAACGCGCGCUCGCGAGCACCGUGGAAACUAUGGCGACCGCGGCGUCCAACCACUACAGCAUCCUCACGUCCAGCGCGUCCGUCGUCGCGCACUCGGAGCCCGGCAGCAUGCAGCAGACGCCGCCGGCCUACAGGGACGCGCAGAGUCUUCUGCAGAGCGAGUACACCACCCUGCAGAGCAGCGGGAGCACGCUCAGCCACGCGCACCAGUGGUUAACGGCGGCGCUGUCUCACGGGGGAGAGGGAUCGCCGUGGCCAGCCAGCCCGCUGGGCGAGCAGGACAUUAAGCCCACCCUGCAGGGCGACGUGGAGGAGCUGCAGCACUCGCCGAGUUUGAGGCCCAGGCAGGCGCAUCUGGUGCAGCAGAGCCAGCAUCACGACGCGGGCGCCUGGCGCGCGACGACCACGGCUCACAUGACGAGCAUGACGACCUCGAACGGACAGAGCAUGAUCUACUCCCAGCCCGGGUACGGCGAGCAGGGAAUGCACCAUCACGCCCUCAGGGACGCGCACGAGGACCACCACAGCCCGCACCUCAGCGAGCACGGCCACCCGCAGAGUCUUCAUCAGGGACACCACGAGCACUCGGACGAGGACACGCCGACCUCGGACGACCUGGAGCAGUUCGCAAAGCAAUUCAAGCAGCGUCGGAUCAAGCUGGGUUUCACGCAAGCGGACGUGGGGCUCGCGCUGGGCACGCUCUACGGCAACGUUUUCUCUCAGACCACCAUCUGCAGGUUCGAGGCGCUUCAGCUGAGCUUUAAGAACAUGUGCAAACUCAAACCCCUGCUCAAUAAAUGGCUGGAGGAGGCGGACUCCACCUCGGGAAGUCCGACCAGCCUGGAUAAGAUAGCUGCUCAGGGAAGGAAGAGGAAAAAGCGAACCUCCAUCGAGGUGAGUGUCAAAGGGGCUUUGGAGAGCCAUUUCCUCAAGUGCCCCAAACCCGGUGCGUCCGAGAUCAACUCUCUGGCGGACAGCCUACAGCUGGAGAAAGAGGUGGUGCGGGUCUGGUUUUGUAACCGACGGCAGAAGGAGAAGAGGAUGACGCCUCAGAACGGACCCAUUCCCGGUAACGAGGAUAUGUACGGGGACACUUCGCCUCACCACGGGGCUCAGACACCUGUUCCGUAAAAAAGGGGCGGCCACACACACUCAGAAAGAGACUUUGUCUUUGUCCCGCGGUCACAAGCCCGUUCACUGCGGGCCGACAGUGAUGAUGAUGUUGAUGAUGUGCUUCUACAGCACUUCAGAGGGAGCGGAGCGCGCAUUUUUGCCCGAACAAUAUAAGGGCACGGGCGCAAGAAAACGCGCUCUACUAAACCAAGGCGUUACGCGCUGCGGGUGAACCUAAAGAGCAAAUGUUUUACGCGUAAAUAUUCUUUUUUUUUAUUUUUUUAUUUUUUAUUAUUAUUAUUAUUAUUAUUAUUUUAUUUGAAGUCCGAGAAUCUGUGAAAGCAUCAUAUCACUUCCAACCGAAAGCUGUGAAAAGGGCGUGAGGGGCGCGUAUUCUCUUACGACAUCUUCCCCUCAUGACCACAAAAAGAUGAUUGAAAUUAAUCAAGUGCAAUCUCUUCAAGUCAUUCUCUUCAAAAUAUGAAUGGCAACGGCGGUGCUAUUAUUAUUAUUAUUGUUGUUAUUAUUAUUAUUCCUUGUAAUGCAUGUAUAAUUAUCACAGUUAAAUGUGAGAAAUUUUCUGAGAUUUAAUGCAUCUAAUUUUCAUGGCAACAAAGGCGGCCUAGUGCUGCUGUUUAUUGUGCGCAGGCAAAGCAACCCAAUUUCAUGCAGAUCACGGAUUCACUGCUGGUGCAAAACAGAGCGCCCGUCUAAUUCGAGGCCUGAGGAAAGAUUAAAUCCUUCUCCAGAACUGUGCAGCGCUGUGCAUCACAUCGAAUUGAGUAUUCUUAAAUUAAACCAAAUUAUAUCAUGUCUCAUAAUCAAUUGGGUUUUUCUUUACCAUUUUAAAAAUCAUAUUUGGAGUUGAUAGAUUUCCAAGCAGCCAAAUGCGACCACAGAUACUUUUGUAUUAAGAAUGUUUUAAACCUCUUGUUUUAAAUCAUAUUGUGCUGUUUAAUUUCUACUGAUUUAAAUACAGGGGAAAUCUAAAAUGUAUGAUAUUACACAAAACAGCCAAAAACAAACCUUCAUUUUAUUGUGGAAACCCUUAAUAUGGUCUAUAAGAAGCAAGAUUAUUUAUAUUUGCCUAUAAAUAGCAUAUUAACAACAACAACAAAAAAAUAUUAAUAAUAAUAAUAAUAAUAAUUAUAAUAAUAAUAGCCAAUGUGGCCAGUUUAUCUUGUCCAUUACAUUGGGUCUCUAUUAUAUAACACUGUGUUGUAUUAUUUUGUGCGUCAACUAUAAAUGUUUAAGCCUCAACUGUUUGGUCAUUUUGUGUUUUUUGUUUUCCAAAACUUGUAUUUCUUCGUGUCAACCGUCGUGCACCUUUCCUUUCACGAGAAAUACUAUUACACCAGCUGUAUUACAAUUAUUUGAUGGCCUGCAUUGAAAAAUAAGGACAUUUGACGUGGAAUUUUUUUCUUUUUCUAUUUUUUUGUGAAUACUUGUAUAUUUGUGCACUUACCCUGGCACUGCCAAAGCACAACCUGUCAGUGUGCCCUAUUGAGAACAUUAAUGUCUUUGGUUUUGACAGAGAGAAAAAAAAAUUGCACAGUUUUUAAAAGCCUUUUUGUCAUUAAAGGAAUACAUUUUUAUAUAAAGUAGUGCAUGUCUUGAAUCAAUGCCCGUGGUUAAUUUUACCGAGGAGGAAGAUCAACAAGAUAAAUGGCGUUCACAAUUUCUCACAUUAUUAGAACAUUAAGGCAAGUUGAGUAUUAUAUUGCCUCCGGAUAAGAUGAAGUUGUGGAUCCAUUUCAACAAUUCAUUUGCUUGGAUUUCUACGUGACCUUUGAGAAAAAAUGUUGGCCAUUUCACUCUGUAAUGAGGACAGAUUGGUUGAGAAGUGAGUCUUGUUUUAAUAUUGUGUAAUGCGUGCAUUCUGGAUCAGCUCAUAGUAUCAAUUUACAAUAUUUACAAAU